UCAUUUUUGUCUUGUUGGAAGGGGAUUUCACCCGGAAGAGGCUCGGCCCGAGACUACGGCGGAACCCACUCAGAGACCUGUCAGAACAGAAAAAAAAUAAUCUAAACGUUCAGGCACACGCACUCGCAUGCUAGUUCUCCAAAGGUUAUUAAAAGUAUUCCCAACAUGUCUGCAAGCGCGGACCUCCAAGAUAUAGACGGAGCCGAACUGCUCGGGCUCCUCUUCCAAGAUGACGACGGCAUCACUGGCCCUUUCUUCCCCGAUGGGAAAGAACUAAUCGAAGACUGGCUCUCUGUGCAGGAGAUGCUGACAGACAUGGACACUGAGGAUUUCCUUUCCAGCCUGCUGGAGGGAAACAACCCCAUGCCCACCGCUCUCGGCCCGUCCCACUCCCCCCAGGGAAGUGACAGCGGCAUCUCUGACGACAGCAGCACCAUCGGUUGUGGCAACGGGAUGGGAAACAACCUUCUGACGUGCCCCAGCCCACAGGACAGCGACGGAGACCCCGUGCCCAGUCCCAGUUACUCCCAGCCCAGCCCUGUGUACUCCGACAGCACCCUGCCACCUCCAGAGAACCAGGUGGAGAACCCAGAGUCCCUGACCGUGCACACGGAUCACUGCUACUCCCUGGCUCAAGGCAGCGAGGGGGAUCUGGAUGCCCUGCAGAGCGUGAGGGCAGAGAAGCCAGACAUGGAUGUUUUCAUUGAUUUGGAUGACUUUGAGGGAGAGGCUAUGGAUCAGGACUUGACAGAUGAACUGCCGUACACCCUGUCCAUGGAGGACUCACCCCUUGAUUCAACUGGGUUUGACCAGGACGACGAGUUUCAGUUCAAGGACAUUGUGCUCACUGAAGAGGAGAAACGGCUGUUGGCUAAAGAGGGGGCGACCAUUCCCUCACAUAUGCCUCUCACAAAGGCAGAGGAAAGGACUUUGAAGAGGGUGAGGAGGAAGAUCCGUAACAAGCAGUCUGCUCAGGAGAGCCGCAAGAAGAAGAAGGUCUACGUUGACGGCCUUGAGAACAGAGUGGCCGUCUGCACAGCACACAAUCUGGAGCUCCAGAAGAAGGUCCACCUGCUGCAGAAACAAAACAUAUCGCUGAUAGAGCAACUGAAGAAGCUGCAGGGUAUCAUGAAGCUGUCCACCAUGAAGACCAGCACCACAAGCACGUGUAUAAUGGUAUUCGUGCUCUCCUUCUGCCUCAUCAUCUUUCCCUCUGUCAAUCCGUUCGGUGGCCGCACAGGACAGAAAGAGCUUUACACUCCCUCCUCUGUCAUGUCCAGGACCCUCCGCUCCCUGCCGGCCGACGUCGCCGACCCCGCCAGCUACGAGGUGGAGCAGGACGAGGAGGAGGGGCAGCUCCUCCUCAUGCCGGCAGCGGAGGUGGAUAACGCCAAGGCCAUCUACGCCGGCGGUCAGAAGAACCACACGCCCGACUACCAGCGGGUGGAGCGCUCCGAGUCGGAGGCGGGCGUCAACAGCAACUCCUCCGCCGACUUCCCGGAGAACGCCCAGUCGGCCGUGGACUCUGCGGCCGGCGGCGGAACGGGGGGCUUACCGGACGGAGCGGUCGACGGGGCGGUGGCGUCCGCCGGUGCGUACGACGUGGCGGGCUCCAAGGAGGGCUGGAUGGAGCGGAACCCCACCACGGUGAUACUGCAGCAGCACCGGUCGGAUGAGAUGUGAGGGUGGAAGACGCCAGUGUGGAAUAUACCCUGAUGUUGGCGGGCUUGGUGGGGUGGGGGGUGGGGGGGGGGGGGAUCGGGGCAGACAGGCCAGUGUAUGGUAGGCUAAGGGGUUAACAUUAUUCUAAGCUUCUCUCUCUCCCCGUUUUCUGCCCUCCACGGCGCCUUGUUGGUCGAUAGUACUACUGUUCAUCCGCAAGCACUUUGUUCCGAUUUCUGAUUCCCAGUAAUGUAAGGGGGCCAUGAGAUUCAAUGUAUUAGCCAUUCUUAAGUUCUCGAUAAGGAGUAGGCCAUUGCAGAGAUUGUAUUCAGGGUCUGUGUGCUUUAAAAUUAUCUUAAAAUUACAUUCGGGAAAAUUGAGUAGCAAGUUACUCUAAAGGGAAGUGAUUGCAGUGUGUUCUAAAAUCAUCAUCUCUAAGGUGGCAUUUGAUUCACUUUUGCAGGGCUGUUACUAGUACAUGUGUGCUGCGCCCAUUCUAAAGAAUUUAAGCCAAUCAUCGUAUUGUUUGCACAGUCGGAACAAGUCAUUAGAAUAUAGGCAGCUUUAUUCUCAUGAAGCUUGAUUAGAGCGGUUUUACCACCGCUGUACUGCUUUAGCCAUUGCAGGACAUUUGGCCAUUUAGUAAAUAGUGUACAUUGUUUCUCUGAGUUUCCCUUGUAACAAGGGAUUUCAUGCGUAUGUGUAUGUGUAUAUAUUUUUAUGUUUAGCUUAUUUUAUGUUCUACAGUAGGUCGAAGAAUGAAGUGUGUUUUUAGAAGUAAACAAAACAAACAGGACAAACUGAAGUACUCUGGGCCAUUGUUACCUGAUGGUUUUAUAACUUUUAAGAACCGCUGGGGAUAUGGUACUAUGGAUUUGGCACGAAAUAAAGGGGUUGAAUAUAUCUUCCCUGUGAACACUGUCAAUGUGGUGAUUGCAUACUCAGAAAUGUAAUGACCUGUUUUGUCAGCGAUGCAUUUUGGUAUUUUUUAUUUUUAUUUUUACCCAACAUUGAUCAAUGGAAUCUUAAUAUAUUUUAAAAGUUUUUUACAGUACUGUAAGUUUAAAAUCUUAAUGUUAAUCAUGUCAAAACAAGGCACUGAUAUUUGCCACUGUCCAUAUAUAUGGGUUGUAUAUAAGGUUGAAUGAGUGUAGUCAUUUCAUACAUAGGAACUCUUUCUGUAUGUAAAAUACAUGUCACUGAAUAUGUACGAUAAUAAUAAUAAUAAAUCAUUUUAUACAUCAGGA